AUGGCUGAGCUUCUAACAGACGAGCUAGGCCAAGCAUUCGAAAUAGCGGACCAAGACGGCUCAUACUGCAUAAAAGGACACGAAUGCAUCUCUGCAAAUAUUGCCGUUGUAAAGGCAAUUGCUUCGUUCCUGUCAACAUCGCUCGGGCCAACAGGAAUGGACAAGAUCCUGCAAAGCGAGGACGAUGACAUAGUCGUCACAAACGAUGGGGCAACAAUCCUGAAAAGCAUGGGCAUGCAGGAAAACCCCGUUUCAAGGAUGAUCUGCCAGCUGAGCGAGUCGCAGGACGAGGAGAUUGGUGAUGGAACAACAAGCGUUGUAAUAAUUGCAGCAGCACUACUGAGGGAGGCUCAGGUGCUUCUUGCGCACGGAAUGCAUCCAAUAAAAAUCUCUGAAGCAUUUGAGCUGGCGCUGUGCCAUGCCGUGCAGCACCUGGCAGACAUAUCUGACGAAAUAACAGAUACUAGGGAAACAAUGCUCAAGGCUGCAAAAACAAGCCUUGGAAGUAAGAUUGUAAGCAAGGCACUCGAUAUGUUUGCAGAAAUAUGCACAGAUGCAGUAAUGAUGGUUGCAGACAUAGACAGGAAGGACGUUGACUUCGAGCUGAUCAGCAUUCAGGGCAAGGUCGGGAGAGACGUAUCUGAUAGCAUGCUUGUAAGGGGAGUGGUGAUCAGCAAGGAGUUCAGCCAUCCACAGAUGGCCAAGCAUGUUGCUGAUGCAAGGAUAGCAUUGCUGAGCUGUCCAUUUGAGCCUCCAAAGCUCAAGACAAAGCAUAGCCUUGUGAUAUCAAGCACGGAGGAGUACAGGCAGCUGGAGGAAUACGAAAAGAGCAAGUUUGUGGAAAUGAUCGACAAGGUCAAGCAUAGCGGGGCAAACCUCGUGAUGUGCCAGUGGGGAUUUGACGACGAGGCAAACUCGAUGCUGAUGGAAAGCAACCUGCCAGCCGUAAGAUGGGUUGGAGGGCACGAGCUUGAGCUUCUGGCAGUUCAUACAGGGGCUUCGAUAAUUGCAAGGUUUGAAGAUCUGCAGGAAGGCGACCUUGGAAGAGCAAAUGUUAGGGAGGAGUGCCUGGGAACAGAGAGCGACAAGAUCAUAGUGGUUGAGAACAACAAGUGCAGCAAGGCAGUGACUGUGCUUGUACGAGGUGCAAACGACCUUAUUAUCGAGGAGGCAAAGAGAUCUGUUAGAGACGCGCUGUGUGCAGCCAGGAAUGUGAUUACAAACACAAGGGUGGUGUAUGGAGGAGGGUCUUGCGAGAUGGCAUGCUCGCUAUCGCUCGAAAGGUAUGCUGAGAUGCAUGCAGGAGGGGAUCGUCUCGGCAUCCUUGGGUUUGGGAAAGCGCUUGAGGAGAUUCCGCUGUGCCUUGCAAGGAACAGUGGGCAUGAUGCGAUCCGAAGCAUAAUGGGCCUGAGAAAGACACAAGUCGAUGGCAAGAACCACAGGAUUGGAGUUGACUGCGUGGGAAGCGGAGAGAACGACAUGAAGAGUCUUGGGAUUUUUGAUACGCUGAACAGCAAGGUAAGGCAGCUGCAAAUGGCAACGCAGCUCGUUACGAUGAUCCUGAAGAUCGAUAAUGUUGUUUCUGAGUCGCUGUGCUAA